CUUUAAGAAAAUUAUGCUACCAAUUAUAGUUUUAAAACUGCCAACUACAUCCUUAUCUUUUAAUUCUUCUUGCCACCAACCUCUCAUCCCACUAAAAUUCGCAAACGAGCCUCUCAUUUUAUCGCCAAAACAACUCUGCAUCUUAAUUAUAAGGAGCAUUGAUGGAACAAGCUGAGUUAUUGAGAGGUGACAAACUCAUGUUAAGGGGGUUGAAGUUUCAUGGCUUUCAUGGGGUGAAGCCUGAAGAAAGAAAACUAGGCCAGAAGUUUUUGAUUGAUGUAGAUGCUUGGAUGGAUCUUAGAACUGCUGGCAAAACUGAUUGCCUGUCAGAUACUGUUAGUUAUACAGACAUUUAUCGCAUAGUUGAGGAAGUUGUGGAAGGACAACCUCAUAAUCUUCUCGAGUCGGUGGCACAACUCAUUGCUUCAAACACUCUGUCAAAACACUCUCAAAUUUCUGCCGUAAGAGUAAAGGUUGGGAAGCCUCAUGUUGCUGUUCAUGGUCCUCUUGACUACCUUGGGGUUGAGAUCCUUAGAUACAGAAAUAUUGAUGGACCCAAGUGCUAGGCACUUGGAAUUCACAUGAACAUCCAGCAUUUCUUUUGUAUUUUCUUGCAGUUUUAUUUUUUUCUUCACCAAACUUCUGAAAACCUCAGUUGGUGAUGGUUCAAAGUUAAAUUUUGUUAUUGUUGAA